AUGGCGAAAGAAGAAUACCUCAGCAAAAUGGACAGCAUACUCUCCGACACCUCCAAAUUCAAGAAAAUACGCUGGAAUCCUACAGACGACAUAAAGAAGAAAAUCAACGCCACCUGCAGAGCCAUCAACAUCGCUACGAAGAGCACACGCUUUCCGAAGCUGACCGGGGAGUUUUCUCCCGGGUACGCCUACGGCAACGUAAAAACACACAAGACAGGAAACCCACUCCGCCCCAUCAUCUCCCAGAUCCCGACAGCCACCUACACCGUCGCCAAGAAACUCAACGAGAUCCUCGCCCCGUACACCCCGAUGAGCCACGCCCUAACGUCCACCAAUGACUUCCUGGAGAUCCUAAGAACUGCCCCACCUGCCGACAACCACAUCAUCGCUUCUCUCGAUGUCGAGAGUCUGUUCACCAACGUGCCCGUGAACAGGACUAUCCAGAUCAUCAUGGACCGCGUCUACAGAUAUAUGUACUGCCAAGUGGAUGGUGUUGCUAUGGGAAGCCCACUUGGUGUGCUCUUCGCCAACUUCUUCAUGGGAACCAUCGAAUCCAUGGCCCUCAAGGACCAACAACCCUCCAUCUACGCCCGAUACGUCGACGACAUAUUUAUCAGAGUGAAAAACAUAGAUGAACUACAGAAACUUAAGCAGCAGCUCAGCAACAUCUCCGGCCUCAACUUUACCUUUGAAGAAUCACAAGAAGGACGCCUGCCAUUCCUCGACGUACUAGUAUCUCCACAAGACUCAGGAUUCAACACCUCAGUUGAAGUGACCCAGGCCAUCAACUGCGCCCUAGAGAAAUGGUACAACCCUGCAACCACUUCUACAAACCAAAACAACAUCAAUCUCUACUACAGGAACUACAUGUCCACCGAGUACAAGACAGAUGAAAGAGUGAUCAAAGAUAUCAUCCACAAGAAUGUGAAACCAACAAACGCAGAGCAAACCAUAUCACUCAUCAUCUACUACAAGACCUCCAAAACAGCCAACCUACUAAUCAAGAACCGCCAAACACCACCACCGGCACCUCUUCAGGAAGACCAUGUCAUCUACGAGCACACCUGCGCUAUUGAGGACUUCAAGCACAAGGAAACCUUAGCACGCAGCCACCUAGAAGAUUCAACGAAAAUACUUGACAAGGAAACUGACCCACGCAGACUGUUGUUCCUGGAAGCCCUCUACAUUGAAGAUCUAGGGCCAACGAUGAACACUCAAGCCCAAGAUCUGCAAAUCUUACCAACGCAGAAGAGAAGUAGCAGAAAAAACAACACCUAG